AAGGCGCGGCGCCUUUCUGAAGGUCGCCUGAGAAGCCGCUGUCCUCGCCCAGUGUUUGACCCAGUCAAUCCACACUUCUCCAGCCGAGCUGCCGUACGCCCUGAUCGACAGCACCAGACCAACACGAUCUGCCGGCCCUCCCUCGCGCCGCAAUCCUCACGCAGGUGGCCGCACCAUUUAAAGACGGGCAAACCGGGUUCCCUCGUCCAGAUGCUCGCGACCCCUUUAUCUCAGGCUAUCCAUUGAAAACAUCAGGAACAUCAUCAUUCCCAGUCUAAAGCCUCCUUCCGCCGCCACUGAACAACAACACCCGUCCCACGAUCAGCUGUGUUGCAACGCAAUGGGUUACAAUCGCGGGGCCUAUUCCGAAGAUUACUAUGACUCUCCGGCGUUGACGAGCCAGGUGUUAGAAGCGCGCUCUUCCUCAGUAUCUUCAACUUCAUCGGCGGCUUCCUCCUCCACAGCGCACCAGACAAUCUACACUCACCACGCCGGCAUUUCACGCACGCUUUCACCCGCAUCCAGUACUUCUGGUUCGGAAACAAACAAUGGUAUAUACUCCAGGAACCAGUACCCGGGGUUCGGCCAUGAGCACUUGCACACACCUCAACCUGAUCCACCGUCGCUCCCGUCUCAGUACCUUCAACCCCAAAUUGCUUCAUUCCCUUCGCCUUACCCGCCGGUUUUGAGCGCAAGACACUCCUCGAGAUCCUCCCCGUAUGGCGGCUACCCGGUAGGCGUUCUGCAUCAGCAGUCAUCGCCUUUGUCGUACGACUCCUACCCGUCCGCCAUGUAUCCGUUGUUCUCGGCCACGUCAUACCAUUCUCCGCCAGCUCUGCCGCCGCAGCAAGCGACACCAAUCGAUCAUCCCCCGUCAGCGAGCACGCAACGGGACAGCAAGACAUCAUCAGGCCCGGUUGACAGCGCAGAGGAUUUCGAGCAAUCAUUCGACGAUGUACUUAGCCUGUUGGAAGCGGAGCGCAACCCUGGGCACAGUAAUUCUGAGGAAUCAGGCACUUCCAAGCCGGGGAAAUCCAACUCCAAGGAACCAUGGGGGCUAGCGUGCUAUCACUGCUUAAAGCUCAAACUUUACCACCAGUUUGAGCUGAUGCAUCGGGGCCCUCCUUCCGCCAGGGAAGCAGGAGAUGCCGACGAGGAGACCGAGACACGGUCUUCGACACCAGGGACAACAAAACGGGAGCGGUCCGGCACGCCACCUGCGUCCUCAACAAGUCCAAGCUCCGGGUACUACGACCCGACAGUGACUCGGGCCAGCCUCAAGGAAUCAGCGGCCAGGAAUGGCCGCCGCGCUGGCCAGGCUUGUGCAAGGUCCAACCCGCGCAUCAAAAAGACAUAUGGCAUCCGGCGCUUCUGUAUUCAGUGUGGCCUGAGGCUGGGCAUCUACGAGCCUCGCGACGUGAUUGAGGUGCAGCGGCCCAGGUGGCCUGGGGAGGCCUACUGGAUUUGCGACUGCAGGAAGCUUCUCCGUCGGGACGGGGAAGAGGCUCGGUGUGAAGAUUGCAACUCAUGUGCGCCGUUCUCCUCCCCGUCGGACUAAAAAAAGGAGGAGUGAUUGCUAUCCCAUCCGACGCACUGUCAUGACCGGAGCCGGUGGCAGCACAACAAGCUGCGAUGCCGGAAAAUUUUCUGACACAUUGUUGUGUUUUUAGAAAACGUUUCGCCGGUGGGCAUCAGUAAACGAUGUCAAAGACCAUGCUACAACCCGGAGGACCCGGAGUUCGUCG